AUGCUGUGCUUCAAAUUGGAUUUAUGGACAAAGUUCGCGUUUUUUGUGAUAUUUUUGAUUGUGACGCCGGAAUGUGGUCAGUGCAGUUUACAAGAGGGCCGUGAUUUAAUAGGUGAAAUCACGACUUUUUUCACUCGGAAAUUCCUUCCGAUCGCUCAGGAUGUGUUUUUCGAAGUGGAUGUUUCUUCGGAGUGUAGUGGAUCCCUUCUCAAGAUGGUUUCGGCGAUGCGCCGGAGGGAGCCAUGGGCUCUCAAGAUGCUGACAGCGGGUGGAUACGUCCCGAGCGGCGUUUUUUUCAUGACGUUGACUUCACUCGGAAGUUACAGUCAGUGUCUUUCGACGACCGUCCAGGAAGAAAAUGUUACGCUCUUCACCGGACAGUACUGUGGACUUCACGUGCUUCCCAACCAAGAAGUGUACGAUGGGCUCCUAGACAUCAUGGAGCAGCUCGGUGACGUGAAAAGGUCAGCGGCACCGCCAUUGAGAUAUCAGAAGGACAGUUUUUAUCGGCCAGGACUUCGCUUGGGUCUCUGUGUGCCGUCGGCAUGCACGGCCGAAGAAUUAGGCGCAAUAGUCAGCAAAGUUGCCGGACGGUAUGAGCAAUUCGCUGAGAUAUCUUCAUGCCAUACUCAGACCCAGGAUGACGUCAGAGAUCCUAUAUAUUACUUCGCCAUACUUCUGCCGUGCUUCCUCGUUUUCGUCACCGUUGCGGCGACCAUGCUUGAUCAGUACAAAAUCAACGGGAACCCCAUCGUAAAAGCGUUCAGUGCAUCCCGCAAUAACGCGCAACUACUCAGCAAACACCGGAGUGAACUCACAUUUUUACAUGGACUUAAAGCGCUCCUCGCAUACUGGAUUGUGAUCGGACAUUGCUACUUGCUCAUCGAUCCGUAUUCGAUAUUUACAAUCAAAGAAGCCCUCGAUAUCCCAAAAACUAUAUUCUUCCAAAUCGCCGCUACCGGAGCUUUCACCGGCGUGACUGUCUUCUUCGUGUCGAGCGGUUUCGUUAUGAGUUACUCGUCAUUGGCCAAGAAGGAUUCCACGCCUGGGCUGCAGUUGUAUUUCGCUUCAAUCGUGAGAAGAUAUUACCGUCUCAUGAUUCCCGCGCUUGUCGUCCUGGCUGCGGCUUUGUCGCUCCCCUACAUCGCGCAUGGACCAUUGACGGACGCCUACUUCAAAAUGUUCACCGACUGCAAGACGAGUUGGUUGAAAAUUCCGCUCGAGAUCGUCAAUACGGACUCGUUCCAUCAGAUGUGUCUCUCUCAUUACUGGUACCUGUCAGUGGAUUAUCAGAUCAUGGUUCUGAUCUUCCCCAUCGUGAUCGCCUACCGACGCCAUCCGAGGAUGAUGACCGUGUGCGUUCUACUGUUGUUCUUCCUGAGCGGAGUGGGCAUUGCGGCGACGACGUACUUCAUGAGGCUGCUUCCUUUCAUGGGAUUUAAUUCCGAUCAAUCGAAAAUUGUUCUACUCCUGGACUACGUCUAUUUCCUUCCCACGACUCACAUAGGGACCGUUGCUGUGGGUCUUCUGACAGGUUGUCUCUCGUUCAAGUACAAGGACAUCCGAAUUCCAUCGCACAUUCGUACCCUGAUCUGGUUGUUCACAUCCACAAUUGCUAUUGUGGUCAAUGUGGUUCCAGUGCUCUGGUAUCAUGACUUGAAUAUCCCUCCGUGGGCAGAUGCUAUGUACGCUGGCAUUCAUCGCCAUCUGAACGCCCUGUGUGCAGCCUGGUUGCUUUUCGCCUGCAGUACGAGGAAUGGGAAGACCCUCACGAAAUUCCUAUCGUGCUCGCCCCUCGUGUUCCUCGGAAAGUUGUCGUUCGGUAUCUAUCUGGUCCAUUAUCCGAUUCUGAUCUACUUCCUGGGAAUCAACGGAACUCAACAACAGAUGCUCCACUCGAGAAUGGUUCGAGACUCCGUCGGGGUGUAUUUCAUCAGUGUAGGAGUGGCCUAUGUGCUCCAUUUAUGCAUAGAAGGGCCUGUCAUCGCGGGAGACUCACUUUUCUUCAAGAAACGCCGACCGAGCGAGUCGUCUGACUUGCCGUCUUCUAAGCAAGCCAAAUUGAAGGACGAUAUCAUCUCCGAAGAGCUGAAAGCUGUGGUUUUGAGCUCGGCCGCUCAAAUCAAAUCUAUAUAUAAGUUUUAG